AUGUCUUCCCUCUUCGAGAUCAGAGAACAUGUACUCCCGACCUCGCACAUCCGCGAGUUCGCGAGGGCGACAUCACACACUCAGACAGACACCCUCGUACAACAUGUAAAGCAGUACAUCCCAACGGACAAUUCCUCCCCACAGAAGGGAGACAUCACCAUCAUUGGUGCCCACGCAAACGGCUUCCCCAAGGAACUGUACGAACCCCUAUGGGACGAUCUCCACCACGCGCUCAGGGCGCAGGGCAUCAACAUCCGCAGCAUCAUCAUCGCCGACGCAGCAUGGCAGGGCCAAUCCGGCGUCCUCAACGCCGCCAAUCUCGGCAACGACCCCAGCUGGAAUGACCUCGCCAAUGAUCUACGCCAUCUCAUCAACAUCCUCCGCCCACCACCGCCCCUCUUCGCCAUCGGCCACUCCCUCGGCGCCGCCGCCCUCACCGCCCUCUCCCUCAACGGCGCCCCGCGCCUCUUCACCGGCAUGAUCCUAAUGGAACCCGUCAUCCAGCAGUACGCCUCCAGCCCCGGACCCCCGCAGCAGUCCCCGGCCGCCAUGUCCUCCCGGCGCCGCGACACCUGGCCCGACAGGCAGACCGCCAUGGUCGGCUUUCGCAAGUCCCCCUUUUACGCCGCCUGGGACGACCGCGUGCUCGAUCGCUGGGGGCGGUUCGGCCUGCGCGACAGCGACGACGGUCGCGGGGUGGCCCUUACGACGACCAAACAUCAGGAGGUCUUUACCUUUCUACGUCCCGCCUGGCCGGCUUACGACGCGGGCGGCGACAAGAUCCUCAAGCCAGAGCUCGUCCCGGACAUUGACCACCGCGUCGAUCCAGACACCGGGUACAAGUUCACCUACCCCCUCUACCGACCAGAACCACCAGCCAUCCUCGCGAGACUGCCCCAUCUCCGUCCACCUGUGCUCUACGUAUUUGGCCUCCAGAGUCCCAUGUCCCCCGAGGUCCUGCGCGACGAGAAGAUGCGUCUGACGGGAACAGGCAUCGGGGGCAGCGGCGGGCAGCGCGCGGGCAUGGUGAAAAAGGCGGAACGGGACAAUGGCCACUUGAUACCACUCGAGGCACCUGGGUACUGUGCACAGGAGGCGUCCGCCUGGGUCACGGAGCAGAUGCAGCGGUGGUGGGCGAGGGAGAGAGAGUACGAGGAUUGGACGAGGCUUCCGCAGAAGGACAAGUCGACCUUGUCGGCCGAGCACCUCAAGAUGCUGGGGGUGAGAGAGAAGGCCAAGAUCUAA